UGACGUCCUACGUUUGAUCGAGCUCGCGCCGAGAUGCAGUCGGAAUUCUGCUCGACACAGCGAACAUGGCGAGUGACAGGCCAACAUGUGAAGCCCGAGUCGGUGGAGGCUGCAGUCGACGUGACGAAAAAGUUGCUCGUGGAAAACGGAUCUCUGUCCGACGUAGUCAAGAAGCGUGAGCGCAGUGACAGCGAGGUUGAAAGCGGAGCAUCGAAGAAGUCCAAAUCCGACCAGGAUGUCGCCGGUGGCAAGAAACAAGCAGACGGGUCAAUCCUAUUCGACUUAUCGUCCAAGAAGUUAGUGUCUGUGCGGGCGUGGAAAAGUGCGAUUCUGGUCGACAUUCGCGAGUACUUCGACUCGAACGGAGAACGCAAGCCUGGAAAGAAGGGUAUAUCCUUGACGACGGAUCAAUUUCAUGCUGUGAUGAACCUCAUCGAUGACAUCGAUUUGAGCGUCAACUGGGUGCAAAACCCAGACAAGUCUGUUGCGAACUACACAGUGGACACAUUGAGCGAUGUUGAGCCCAAUUCUGUCGCAUUUGUCAUUUCCAGUAAACGACGUGUGUCUGUGCGGAAAUUCAAAUCUAUGGUGCUGGUGGAUAUCCGAGAGUAUUACGACGCAAAUGGAACGAUGAAGCCAGGGAACAAGGGCAUUUCGUUGACAAAGGAGCAAUGGAACGUGUUAAAGUCUCACGUGGACGCCAUCAAGACAGCAAUGGCGUUGCUGGUGUCGUAGAUUCAGAAAACCAAUAUGCGUUCGCUUCGUGAAAGAGUAUGUUAUCUCUAGAAACCUUUACAACACGUAAGAAACGUACGAGUACACAAUCGAAGGGACAUCUAUAUCUUAUAUCGUCGUGAC